AUAAAUCGUUUUGUUAUGUAUCUUUGUACUGAAGUAAUUUGAUGAAAAAUACUGCGGAAUGAAUAUUUAACUUUUUAAAAUCCUAGUUAAACUCAUUACUUUCCAGGGUAAAGUUACAUAGGAGUCUACUUAUAAAUAAUUUAUACGAAAAAUGGUUGUAUUCCUAAACAUAUCCGGGGCUACUCCAGUUGCCGUUUAGGCAACGCAAUCCUUGCGUGUAUCAGUGCUAUACACUGGGCACGUUAAAGAACCAGGCUGUCUAUUCGCAACGAGCUAGGCUAAGUUAGCCGGACAAGCCUGUAUCUAAUUUCUGAUCUCUCUGUCGCGGGGGCUUUGUCUCAUUCUGUCAUCUGGGUCAGAUCGCUCUGUGUCUGUACUAGUAGAGGAUUAAUUAUGCACCCUGUAUGGCUGCAUUUGAACUAUGUAAAGCGCCUUUGAACGUGAAAUUGAUCAUGAAAAGGGCGAUAUAAAAAUCUGGUAUAAUGAUAAUAAUAAUGUUACGAUCCCUGCCGGCGGACAUGAGUGGUGUGCUAAGCUAUGGUUUUAAGUGAUUAUCUUUGUAAUAUGUAGUAUAAAUGUGACAAACAAAAUACAUUAACGCCAGAAUAUGGCAAGAGAACGCAUCUCUUGCCAAAAGUUUCAAACAUUUUCAAGGGGAAGCCCAAAGAUCUCAAUCUGCUGGAAGAUGGAGACCCCCUCCCUCACCUACCCCACACUUACAGCAUCGCUGCUUGGUUCGUAGCUAUGGCGUACAGUUGAAAAUCAUCCAGGGUACGACCCUGUCGUCCCAUUACUGAAUUAACAGAAAUAACUAAGAACAACAGCAAAAUGAAAAGAGCAGUUAAUAAAAAGAUGAUGCGUCUGAAGUUCGAGACAGUGUUAUGGACUGUAUUCCUGGUGAUGUUCAUUUAUUUAGUGCUUUCUUUCACAAUACAUGUUCAGUACACGCAACCAGUUUCAACAAGUGAGAUAUUUCAGCGCCACAAACACCAGAACUUAUUGAGCGCAAACGAUGAAUUUCUCCGAGCACAAGCAGAGGACGCCUUUAAUGUUAUUGUCGACAACAAGUAUAAAAAAGAAAGAAGAAGUAAUGGUUUAGAAUCUGCUAAUAAAAACUUUCUGAAUAGUGCUAAACAAAAUAAUAUGACAGAAAACAAGCCGAAACCAGCUACUCACGUUGCAUUCCUGAAGGUGCACAAAACUGCUAGUUCUACCGCGCAGAAUGUGUUUCUGAAAUUUGGAGAUGAAAAUAACCUAACAUUUGUGUUAGCUCAUACUAAAGGGGAGUCAGGCUGGCUUAAUGUCAUCAGUUACAAUAAUUCUUUAACGGAAACAAAUAUUGUUCCACCCCCAACUGGGAAACACUUUGAUCUGCUGUGUUGUCACGUGAUCUACGACCGGAAGUCAUUCGAGACGGUUUUGCCACCAGACACGGAAUAUAUUGGAAUUGUUCGGGAGCCUAUUUCGCGAUUUCAGUCGGCAGUGAAAUAUUUCAGUCCUCAUUUUAUUCUGAAAUUACCAGGGAAAUCACCACUCUCGAUAUACGCUAAAAAUCCACUGGCGUUUGAGCCAGAGAAUCCGCGUAACUCUCAAACCAAUAAUCGGAUGGCUGUUGAAUUCGGAUUUCCUACUGAACUAUUUCCAGGAAAAAAAUUAAACGGUUCACAAACGGAAAUAGACAAUUACAUAUCAAAACUGGACAAAGAGUUUAAAUUCAUAAUAAUUUCGGAAAAGUUCGACGAUUCAAUGGUGAUAAUGAAACGUUUGUUAAACUGGCAUACCCGAAAUGUUCUAUAUUUAGACAAAAAUGUCGGCAGUAAAAUUACUAACACAAGAAAAAUUUUACCUCCAGAAGAUAAAGACAAAAUAAGAAAAUUCUUAUAUCUGGAUACAGCUAUUUAUAAACUUGCAAUGAAACGAUUCAACCAAUAUGUUGAAGACGCAGGUAAGGAUUUUAAAGAUGAAGUGGCAGAUUUUAAGUCAAUGCGCGAAAAAGUGAAAACAUUUUGUCAAGUCUCUAAAGCGGUGUCUAUGCUUAUACAGGCCACACAGUGGUAUGACGAGUUUACGGUGACUAAGAAUGACUGUAAAAUGUUUACAAAACACGAGAAAGAUCUUAUACAAAAGCAGAGGUUUAGAAUGUACGGCGUUCUGGAAAAUUAGCAUUUUGCAAUAAUUAGUUUUAUGAAAUGGCACAGUUUUUGACUGUAACUUAUUUUUUUUUUCGUUUUUCGAGAUUUCAGGAAUGUCCAUUAACAUCAUUUUAGAUAUAGAUCUAAUAUAAUCCUUUGUUGUAUGAUAUGUACUUAUGUCAAUUAGUUCUAGUCGUACAUAUUUUGUUGUAACAUGCUUUUGAUACCGAUCGUCUGUACACUGCUGUAACCCGUCUGUAAAGAUUGCUAGAAUUAUUUCUCUUUAAAACAUUUUUUCGAAUGUUGGCAGCAUGUAUGUUGAGACCAGUAACUAUCGAUGGUCUGUGUUACACAUGUAUGAUUUUUUCUCCAGAUCUUAUCUAUGCGGAAGGACAUUUGCAUUCUUGGUUUAAAAUCUACAGAUACUUUCAGGCCAGUUGUUCCAAUACAGGAACUUGGCGACAUUAAAACAUGGUAGAUGUACUUUUUGUGGAAUAUCUUCUUUAAUUUAUAUUAUAAAUAUAUUCAAAAUGCCCAUUAUAACAAACAAUGAAAUAUAUUAUAAAUUUUAUAAUAUAUUUUAUUGUUUGUUAUAAUGGGCAUUUAUAACAAACAAUAAAAUAUAUUAUAAAUUUUAUAAUAUAUUUUAUUGUUUGUUAUAAUGGGCAUUUUGAACUGUUAUAGUUGCAAUAUCGAAAUGCAAUAUUUUCUGUGAAUUUAACAGUAUCAUCUUUUAGCAUGCACAUGACUGAUUUUGUACAUUUCGGCUUAUUUGCUGAUACAUAUAGUAAUUUUACUUUCAUUGGUAUGUUAUUGUUUUAUGCUUUUACAUACAAUAGGGAAGCUUAGAUUUACAUCUAGUUAUCAUCUUUACAUAUAGUUAUUGUUCAUUGCAUGUUAUCACCUUUAAAUAUAGUUAUUGUCAUCUAGUUCAUUGUAUGUUAUCAUCCUUACAUUAUAGUUAUUGUCAUCUAAUUCAUUGUAUGUGAUCAUGCUUACAUAUACAACGAAGUUAUUGUCAUUUAGGUCAUUGCAUUGUUAUCAUUCUGUCAUCUAGGUCACUGCAUGUUAUCAUCCUGAUCGCCCUGUCCCCCUAUUAUCAUCUAGUGCAUUACAUGUAAUCAUCCUAAUUGUCAAGUUAUUGAGAUUACAUGACCCUUUUUAUUUCCUUCAUUGGCUCUCAUAUUUCCUUAUACAUACAGACAGAAAAGUUGCUAUGAUUUUUAAUUUCAGUCACUAUUUUCAUUAUUAGUCUGAUUUGUAAAAGUGAUACCCUACCUAAAUUUUUAGCCGCCAACCUUUUCACGAAAAGACUUUGUACUAGACCAUUCUUUUACUUAAAAUAUAGCGUACUGUACGGCAUAUCCACAUUCAUGUUUAAAUUAAACUGUGCAUGUCUCGAAGAAAUAAAUUACAUGUGUGUUAUGAAGAAAGAAACUUUAUCUGUCUUCUCUUACAAUUUAAUGAACGUAAGCUCAGUUAUCUUCUUAACAAAAUAAUGUAGACACCAGUCAUUUAUUGCCUGAGGCAAGUCUGAUUUCAUCUCAGCGAAGUAUUUAGCUAAACUGCUUAAAUGUAUCAUAUAGUAGAUAGUUUAUAGUUAUUAGUUUUCCAUUGGCAUUGAAACUCAACUGAGCUGCAAACUACUUGUAUAUCUCAAAGGGAUUUUCAUCUCAAUAGCUGUAUUAUUGUAAAAGAUUUUCUUUCUUAAUGAAUAUUGGCCCAAUAAGCUCUUAUCGUAUGUCUGCUUUUUGUGAUUUGAGGAUUUUAUUUAUUAUCACCGACACAUUAUGCUUUAACUGUUUUUUAUGUUUUGUUACUUCACGUUUAACCCUUACCCUGCUAUAUUUCUAUAAUGGACUGGUCCAUCUCUCAAUUUGGACAGUACCACUUACUACUCAAAGGGGUUUUCAUUGAAAAUUUACUGACUGAAUAGCGAACAGUGCAGACCAUGAUCAGACUGCACGGAUGUGCAGGCUGAUCUUGGUCUGCACUGGUCGCAAAGGCAGAAUCAUCUGCCGCCAGCAGGCUAAGGAUUAAGUUCUUGAAGCUUUUGCGCUUCUUGCAUAAUAAUGUGUCUGUUCCUUAUACAUGUUUUACACCUUUCAUGUUUGUUACAUUUCAACUUAUGUCCGUUAUGUUCUCUCCCAAUUUACAUUUCUCACUCAAACAAUGUAUAUAAUUUAUAUUUGGUAUGCUGUAACUUGGUACACUUGAAACAAAUCCUGCUCAAAUCACAUCUCUGAUUUCGUGUAGAACUCAGAAUUAGAGUCUAGAAUAUUUAUAUGACUGUCUAGUCAAACAGUUGAGCAUUUGUUAAACUGUAUGUUAUUUUAAAUGUCUCAUUUACUAUUAACUAGAGAAUAAAUGAAAUGUAGAGUUAG